CAUGACACCUGACUUCAUAAGUUGCAUACACAAGAAUAUCUAAUUUGUUUCGACAUUUGAUAAUUAAAACAUACUAUAUGCUAUUUAUUGUUCGACAACUUGAUGACCUGAUCGGACUGAGUACUUAUGAGCUAUGGAAUUAGUGUACAAGCGGCUAAAAUCGUGUGCGGGCUGAAGUGUCAACUGAUAUUAAUCGGGCUUCCCAGGCGGUCUCAAUGAAUAAUAACAGGAUAUGAUAACAUGGCCGUACAAUCUGACUCUGGCGGGAAGGACGACGUGAAGACACAGUUCGUGACUCGAGAGGGGACGUAUCGAUUGAUGACAUUGUCCGAGUAUUCAAGACCAAAUCGUGUGGGGUAUACUAGCGGGUCAGGUUCGACCCAUGUGCGCGUAUCGCUGGUUUCCCUGCCCCCGAGCCCGGGAGGCGGAGUUCCUGGUUCUGAUGGACAAGGCUCCGAUGACAGAAUAUGCUUUAAUCACGGCAAAGAGCUCUAUGUUUAUGUGUAUAGAGGAGUUAAGAAGGCUGCAGAUCUCACUAAACCGGUGGACAAAAAGAUGUACAAAGGGACAAACCCAACUUGCCACGACUUCAACACGGUGACCAUAACACCAGAAAGUGUUUCUUUAGUCAUAGGUUUUUCCACUGGCCAAAUUCAACUCAUAGAUCCAAUUAAGAAGGAGUUAAGUAAAUUAUACAAUGAAGAGAGGUUGAUAGACAAGACUCGGGUGACCUGCAUUAAAUGGGUACCAGGUUCUAGCAACCUUUUUAUUAGUGCCCAUGCUUCUGGUCAGCUUUAUGUUUACAAUGAGGAGCUCACUUGUGGCACCACAUCGCCCCAUUACCAGCUUUUUAAACAGGGAGAGAGUUACUCUAUUCAUACAUGUAGAACUAAAUCAACUAGAAACCCUCUGUAUAGGUGGGUAAUAGGUGCGGAAGGCAGCUGUAUUAACGAAUUCUCGUUUUCGCCGUGCGGGACAAACUUAGCAGUGGUGUCGCAAGACGGUUUCUUAAGAGUGUUUCACUAUGAUACUAUGGAGUUGAUCGGACGGGCGAGAUCGUAUUUUGGUGGAUUUUUGUGCGUGUGUUGGUCGCCAGACGGGAAGUAUGUGGUAGUGGGAGGGGAGGACGAUUUAGUGACAGUGUGGUCGUUCAGUGAAAGAAGAGUAGUGGCUCGAGGGCAGGGACAUCGGUCCUGGGUGUCGGUCGUCGCGUUCGACCCGUACGUGGUCAGCUUCGUGGAUCCCGAGCACGAGGUCGAGGAGGACAAGAAGAGCGAGAGUGUGCAGUGUUAUAGGUUAGGUAGCGUAUCGCAGGACACGCAGCUGUGUCUGUGGGACCUCACGGAGGACGUGCUCAGGCCGCCGGUCCGAGCGCGGGCCUCCGCCCACCUGUCCCCGAACAGCCAGGGCUUCUCCCCGAACGGCGUCCCGGGCACGAAGGUCCCCGCCAAGUGCACCAAGACGAACAAGAUCGGGCACAAGCACGCCGAGCUGAGCGGCGCGAACGCGGCCGGCGAGCCGUCCGGCGCGAAGCCGCCCGCCAAGGGGAAGGCGAACAACGUGGCCACGCUCAGCAUCAGCGUCGGCAAGGCGAAGGAGGAGAGCUCCGGCUCGCUCGGCGCCAACUUCACGCAGCGGCUGGCCGGCUUCUCGUUCGGCGAGCGGCGCUCGGAGCACCGGCGCAACUUCAGCCUGGCGCGGCCGGCGGAGAAGGCGGGCGCGGCGGUGGCGCUGCGGCGCGCGGACGGCCACGACCCGCUGCGGCUCAUCGGCACGCCGUCGUGCCCGCGCUUCGACGAGUGCCCCGUGCUGGAGCCGCUCGUGUGCAAGAAGGUGGCGCACGAGCGGCUCACGGCGCUGCUGUUCCGCGCCGAGUACCUGGUCACGGCGUGCGCGGACGGCUGCGUCAACACGUGGGCGCGGCCGGCGCGCGCGCACAACGGCGACGCGCGGCGCCGCGAGCGCCCGGAGCGCCCGGAGCGCCCGGAGCGCCCCGAGCGCGGGGACUAGCGUCGCGCCGCAUGCUUCGUUAUUGUUACUAUAUAUUGGAUGCCAGACGACUUUUAUUUAGUGUGAUUAGUUUGUUUUGGUUUGCUAUAGGAAGAUGUCAACGCGUGGAGACCGGAUUCGUUUUAUGGAAUUUUGACGUCGUGACUACUUAGAUAUUUACGAGUAGUUCCAUAAGAAUGUUCUUGCUUAACUUGUUUUUGAAAACACCGAUUGCUGACGAAGCGGUUUUUUUUAAAUAAGUUCGACUUUCAAAAUGGCAGCUUAAUUUAAAUCAAUUAUAAUAUAUUCACCUUAUCAUAUUCUGGGGCGACAGCAGUUGUGAUCUUAUAUUAUUGCCAGUGUAUGAAGUUUUGUAAUAUUCCAAUGAAACGAUUACAUUGUAUAUCAGUGCACUGGGGUUUUGCUGAAUUUUUGUCUCUUUAAAUAUUCCAAUCCAAUUCUUUGCUUAAAACCUCUAACGAAUUAAGUUGUGCCAACAAGCUUCAUAAAUAAUGUGAGAUGGUUAUACUUUACAGUUCCACUUGCCACAUGGAACAAGCCUUAACCAUAAACAAAGUAGGUUUUUUCUUCUAUUACACUAGGUAUACCAUUUUGUGCCGUUUUAAAUUUUAGGGAAAUCAAUAUCAUGAAUAUUGUGCUCUGUACGUUAUAGUCAUACCAAAUAAACUAAAUUGAAAAUGACGUAACUCGAAUCUGUCCUGGUUUGACCCUAUCCAUAUUACGUAAUAGUUAUAAUUCAUACAAGUUCAGCGAAAGUCCAGUAUUUGCAGUACACAGAAUGAUGUCAAUAUUUAUAUAUGGCAAUAUUUUUGUGAUUCAAUUGUAAAGACGAGUGUACAUACCUAUCUUAAUAUUCUAAGACAUUUUCCUUUCGGCUCACUUGUAUAUAUAGCAUGUAGGUUGUUUACUAGCAAUCAAAGAUUGCGUGUUUAUUAUAAUUCAGACUUAAUUUAAUUGUAAAUUGAUCCGUUAUAAUUAUCAUAAUUCGAACGAAAUUAAUUCAUAUAAUUGUGUGCACCGCGAGCUUUUCGUUUUCGAAAAAUAUAUUUAUUUAAUUUUAAUCCAUUUCAAAUGUCGUUGAAAAUAAACGACUCGUCUCUGAGACUUUGUUGUUAAGGAUAAUUAAUUAUAAUUGUUGAUAUAUCGUUCGUAAAAUUGAUUGCGUAUCCUCGCAGCGCUAUCUGUUUCAUAGAGUAAUUUACAAAUAGUCACAAUUUUAUUUAUAUUACAGUCAAUACUUUCGCUUGAUUUUUAAAGUUUUUUUUUUUUCUUUAGACAGCAAGCGCGGUUUCCAGUUUCUAGUAGAUAGUCGAUAAUCGAACGCGUGACCCCAACGAUCACUUUCAUUGUAAAUAAAAUUAAAAUUAUAUUAAAUUAGAUAAUAAACUAAAUCUUCGAAUUUUCAGCUGUAAAUCAUAAAAAAUUUCAUAAUUAUUAUAAUUAAAUAAUCUUAUGUCAAUAUUUAUAAUUUUAUAAUAAUCAAAUUAAAAAAAAACAAACAAAAAAAAAUAGUUUCAAGACGUAUUGAUUUUUUAUAGAAUAUUCCUUUAACAAAUAAAACUUACACAGUAAUAUUGCUGUCGAAUGGCUGUUAAUAUUUAUGGUCUCAUAAUAUAAAACUAACAAUAAUUAUUU